GGAGGGGGGUGGCCGAGGAUGGCGGAGCCGCGCCGGGUGCCGUUCAUUAGCCUGUCACCCGUGAGGCGCCGUGAGGGCGAGAGCCCGGCGCUGGAGCGGGAGCCGGAGCCGCCGCUGGCGGGGCGCGAGGCGCCGUUGCUGGCGCCGCCGGAGCCGCCGCACGAGCCUUCCCGGCCGGAGCCGCCGCCGCCGCCCCGCGAGAGCGCCGCUGCCCGCCUGGAGCCGCCCCGCGACACCGGCCGUCCCGAGCAGCAGCCGCCGCCGCAGCGCGAACCCCCCCGGCCGGAGCCGCCGCCGCUGCCGCCGCCGCCGCAGCUGCUGCCGCCGCCGCCACCGCCGCGCCAGAGCAGCCGGCAGGAGCCGCCGCCGCCGCAGGAGGCGCUCCCGCUGCGCCAGACGGUGCGCCUGGAGGUGGUGCUGAAGGACCCCACGGAGGAGGGCUGCGUGGAGUUCAGCUACCCGGAGCUGCUGCUGUGCCGGGACUCGCGGAAGAAAUCAGUUCACUCAGAAGAUCCAUUUAACGAUGAACAACGUGAGCGGCAUGAAGUAGAAAUGCUAGCCAAGAAGUUCGAGGCAAAAUAUGGUGGAAAGCCCCACAAACAUCGGAAGGAUCGCUUGCAAGAUCUGAUUGAUAUAGGUUAUGGUUAUGAUGAAACAGACCCUUUCAUAGAUAAUUCUGAAGCGUAUGAUGAAUUGGUUCCUGCAUCACUGACAACCAAAUAUGGAGGGUUUUAUAUCAACACUGGUACACUGCAGUUCCGCCAGGCAUCUGACUCGGAGGAUGAAGACUUUGCAGAAGACAAAAAGCACAGGCCACCGAAAAUAGCAAAGUUAAAAGAAAGUGAAGACCGUGGAAUGAAGAAGCGCAAGCGGAAAGAUGAAGAAACAGAGAAGGAGAAGAAGCCUCGGAAAGUGAAAGUUACUAAGCAGUUGGGAGUAAUGGCCUUAAAUUCACACAAGUCUGAAAAGAAGAAAAAGAAAUUAUAUAAAGACUCACUUUCUCUGGCUGCCAUGAUCCGUAAAUUUCAGAAGGAGAAGGAAGCCAUGAGGAAGAAGGAAUCUAGUCCAAAACCUCCAGUGACUAUUGCAACCUCUACCCCUAGUAAAAUUCCUUCUUCUUCUCUCAGUGCAGGAAAUGAUAUCUCUGACUUGAACCUCAGGAUCAAUGAUCCUGUCCUCUCCAUUUUUGGUAGCACAAAUGAACGUGAGCUCCUGCAAGAAGCUGAAAGUGCCCUGGAGAUGCUGGGAGACAUUGACUUUGACAAGUUGCUUGACGGCACUUCUGAUGGCAGCCCGGUAUCUGAGCUGUCAGGAGAAAAUGGAAAUGUCACUCAGGCAACCCACACCUCUCAGGUCAUGACACCCAAGCAGGUGCCGGCCCUCCCAGAAGGUCUACCUAUGCUUCUUGAAAAGCGCAUUGGAGACCUUCGAACAGCCGCAAAGAUGUUUGAUGAAGAAGGCAGGAAAAAAUUUUUCACACAAGACAUGAAUAAUAUUCUGCUGGAUAUUGAGCUACAGUUACAGGAGAUAAAUCCUGCCAUCCGCAAUGGAGUGUACUCUCACCUUGAGGCUUUUGUGCCAUGCAAUAAGGACACACUGAUAAAGCGUCUGAAGAAGUUACACCUCAAUGUCCAGGAUGACCGUUUGAGAGAACCACUGCAAAAGCUGAAACUGGCUGUCAGUAAUGUCAUGCCUGAACAGUUAUGCAAAUAUCAAGAGGAUUGUCAGGCCCGUAAUCAAGCCAAGAAUGCCAAGUUGCAAGCAGAAGAUGAACGAGAGAAAAAUGGAUCUGAGGAAGAUGAUGAUGAGAAACCUGGAAAGAGGGUUGUGGGGCCCAGAAAAAAGUUUCAUUGGGAUGAUACAGUGAGAUCUUUGUUGUGUAAUCUUGUCAAGAUCAAGCUGGGAUGUUAUGAGCUAGAGCCAAAUAGAAGCCAGUCUGCUGAAGAUUACCUCAAAACCUUUAUGGAAACAGAGGUGAAACCACUUUGGCCUAAGGGCUGGAUGCAGGCAAGGAUGCUUUUUAAAGAAAGCCGAAGUGUUCACAAUCACCUCACUUCUGCUCCGGCAAAAAAGAAGGUGAUUCUGGCACCUAAACUCAAAGUGAAGGACUCCAGUCCAAAGAAAGAACAGAAAACCUGUACGUCCUCAGUCAAUUCAGGUUGUGCUGCUACGCUGAGUUCCAGCACACCUAUCUGCACCCCAACCGGCUCUAGCUGCACACCAGCUCCGGAGACUAUCUGCUUGGAUGACUCACUGGAUGAAGACCUCUCUUUCCAUCCACCCUCACUGGAUUCUAUUUCUGAUGCUCUGGCAGUUAUCAAUAAUGGUGCCAAGGGAUCACCUCUUGGGUCCACUGUAGAAACACCAACAUCAAGACCCCGCCCUGGGCUGAGGGAAGAGAAACUGGCAAGCAUCAUGAGUAAGUUGCCUCUGGCAACUUCAAAGAAAGUAGAGCCUGCUCAAACACCCCAUUCAUCAAGUCUUAUUGCUGGUCACACAGGGCCAGUACCAAAGAAACCCCAGGACUUAGUUCACACUGGUAUCUCUUCAGGCCUUAUUGCUGGAUCUUCAAUUCAAAAUCCUAAGGUUUCCUUGGAGCCUUUGCCAGCCAAACUACUUCAGCAAGGACUACAGCGGUCAAGCCAGAUCCAAGCUGCUUCCUCCUCUUCACAAACCCAUGUUUCUUCCUCUAAAACCCAAGCAGCUAUUUCCACCUCCUCUCAAAGACCCAAGGAGGCUAAUAUCUUGGUAUCAUCUUCUGAGGCCCAAAGUGGUUCUUCCUCAACAUCACAAGUGACAAAGGUGCACCAGCAUUCAGCUGUACAACAGAAAUAUGUAUCUCCUUUACAAGCAACUAUUAGUAAAUCACAGACCAAUCCGGUGGUGAAACUGAGUAGUAAUCCUAAACUGUCUUGUUCGUCACCAGUCAUCAAGGCUCAAGAUAAGUCUGUAGUGUAUCGCCUGCCUUUGUCUAAUGCCUCGUCUGGAAGCAGCUCUCAAGUAUCUCACCCACUGGUUUCUCGGACAACAUCCAGCACCUCUACCUCUAGUAACUAUUUAGCCAAGGCUAUGGUGUCACAGGUUUCUUCCCAGGGUUUCAAGCCUCCCUUCUCCAUGGCUGCCUCUCCCAAACCUGCUGCCUCUCCCAAGUCCACUGCAUCUAAGCCCUCUGUGACACCCAAGCCCAAUGCAUCACCUAAAUUUUCAUCCAAGUCCACCUCAUCCCCCAGGCCUGCAACAACACCCAGUUCUUCCAGUUCAAGUGCACUAGUUUCCCAGAGUAGUCACUCCAGCAGCAACCCCCUUCAUAAACAGACCAGUGGUGUAAAUAUCAGCAGGCAGUCUCCCACAAUGAAUUUGCUGCCCUCUAAUCGCACCUCAGGCCUUCAGCCUGCAAAGAACCCUCAGGCUUCUUCAAAAUUGCCCAACUCUUCUCCUUCUGGAACUGUUGGCAAAAAUAAUCUGGGUGGAGUUGGAAUGAAUGUACCUGCCAGCAGAGGCAGUAACCUUAACUCAAGUGGAGCUAGUAGGACUAGUCUGUCUGGGGGAGCAGGAAGUGGAACACAGGGUGCUACUAAACAAUUGUCAACUCCACACAGACCAUCUUCUGCCUCAGGGUCUCCAGUUGUAGCAGCCAGCGUGCAGUCAACAGCAGGAGCAUCAUUACUGGCUAAUGCCUCACCUCUGACUCUCAUGGCAUCACCCCUGUCUGUAACCAGUCAGAAUGUGACGUCUGCGCCAUUAACUCCUUUUGGGAUGCUGGGUGGCCUUGUUCCUGUGACCGUGCCCUUCCAAUUUCCCUUGGAGCUGCUUGGCUUUGGGACGGACACAGCCGGAGUGACAACCACCUCGGGAUCUACCUCAGCAGCUUUCCACCACAGCCUAACUCAGAACUUACUGAAGGGUUUACAGCCAGGUGCUCAGCAUGCAGCAACGCUGUCUCACUCACCUCUGCCUGCUCACUUGCAGCAAGCUUACACAGAUGGAGGCCAAAGUAAAGGGGACACUAAGUUACAGCGGAAAAACCAGUGACUUCUGGACAAGCAAGGGAGCUGAAGCAGUUCUGGUUGGCUGACAGAAUGUGCCCAGUUGGGAAAGUGCUUAUUGUCACAGGGCUGCUGUUUCUGUCGAUGUUUACAUAUUCUGAUCCCAAGCACUGUGGUGAGAGGAAGAAGAAAGAAAACAAUACUUGAUCAAAGAGAGAAGGAAAAGGAGGACUGGUCCUCCUGGUCAUGCAGACUGGUCAUAGUUUGAUCUUGCCUAAAAAACAAAGUUGGGUUUUUUUUGUUGUUGUUUUUUUUAAAAAAAUCUGCUCUGAUUGGCUUUUAAAAAAAAUUGGUUGUCAAACCCACAGCAGCACAAAGGUAUUUUCUGGGUGAUGUCCAGUGAAAAGUUGAAAGCAUGAGAGGAGCUACAAUAGGCUUCUUCAUCCAUUGUGUGAGGUGGAGUUGUCCACUUAGUUCCUGAAGUGCCCAGCAUGAAGUUAUAUGUAGGUCCUGAGUGUACCAUAUGUUUGCGGACCAAAGGAUAUGUAGAGUAGAGGUGGUGUCGGGAUACUUUGGGGUUAUACUUAAAACCUUACACAGAUGCAGAGUUUCUGUUACGGGCAUUUUUCCAGCUGUAUAAGGCUUUUUGGCUUUAGGGAGCCUACAGAUAUAUGCAGUCUCAUUAGUCCCAGAGAGUUGUCUUCAAAACAGAUCUCCUGGUACAUGAGAUGUCAGAGACAGACUACUGGGAAACCCCUUGCUCCUUGCUUUUGGGGGGGGAGGGGUUGUUUUUUGUUUAACACACCUUAAUUCUUAUUUAAGGGAGGAAGGGGGUGGAAAUUUUUCAUCUUACAUUAAAAAAAAAUUUACAUUUUACUUGUCAGACUAGCAUUUCUUCCCUGCUCUUCCCCUCUGCCCUUUUUCUAAAAGGCACACUAUGGUAUUUCAGUUCUUUAGUUUGCUUCUGGUUUGCCUUGUGCCUGUCUGCUACUAAAAUGAAGUAAUGUCCUAUCAUAUCCUUUACAGAACAUAAUCAGUUCUUCACCCAUUCUAGAUCUUCCUCAUCUUUCAUCUAACUCCUCCCAAAAGCCAUGCAUUAUACUGACCUGCUAGUCAAGGAAAGCUGAAUGUGACUUAUUCCAGAGCCAAGUUAAUACUGCUUCAGGCAUUAGCCAAAGAGGAGUCGUUCAAGAGCGACCAGAGGUGCCUUCUCUUCUGGGGGCUGAAUGAGUUGUCUCCAGCAUUUCCAGCCCCUGCUGGCCUGGGGAGUUCCUGACUGAACUCUUCCUUAUAUGGUAGCACAAGACUGCAAAGCUGGCUUUCUUUUUUCUUUUUUUUUUUUUUUUUUUUUUUUUUUGGAUAGCAAUACAUUGUUUCAUUUGUAAGGUUAGGAAAUAUCCAGCACAUGUUGCACUUUUGACACUAGGACAGAACUUCACUGUUGAAUCCCUUGUAUUGUCAAAUAAAAGAUGAGAAUGGCAAACUGAAAUGUCAUAGGGGAAAGGAGCAGCUAAAAUCAUAUGAUGCCCUUCUCCUUCAACCCUGAAACACUCCUUUGAUCAGAGAUGCUGAAAUUCCUAGUAGCUAGUCUUUCCAGUAGUUUGAACUGAGAUUGAACCAGUGACUACCGGUCGUCUCACCACUUCCAGAGACACUUUGACCCAUGGAUAUUGAAUCUUCAAUGUUUUUUGCUAGAUUAACUUAUAGCUUUCAGUUUUCUUUUAUGUGAUUUAUUUUUCUUAGACAAGACAAUUUUCUUUUCUAUUUAGAGCUCAUUUUAAUUUUAUAUAAAUAUAUAUAUAUAUACAUGAAUUAAUAUAUAUUGUAUAUUUAGUAUAAAAAUGUUGGGUUGAGCUCAGCAAUAAAUGUUUUUGCACAACACUUCUGUGAAAGACAGAUUGAAUUAAAAUAAGAUGCAUUAGUUCAUGAAUUUCACUCCAUAGCAUCAGCCAAAUUACAUGCUUUUUAGCUAAUGUUUUGUAUAUGGCAUGUUGAUUAGGUAAGCUUGCAUCUCAAUCAUCAAGGUUUAGAGUUGAAACAUAUAGCUACAUAGACCCUGGCAUUCUUAACCUGAUGCAAAUUCAACAGAACAGGAUGCAAGUUUUAUCUACCCCCCCCCCCCCCCCCCUUGGGAAGGGUUGAAGGAAGAAAAAUGAGGCCAAACAAUUCUGGCAGGAUGUUAAUUCUCCCAACUGUGUCAAAUCUCAAUACUUUUUAAAUAAUGCAUGUAGGUAGGGGAGUUGCAGCUAGCAGUGAGCCACCAGGCAGCAAUACAUUUAAAAGACUGUGUCCUAAGAGUUCUACCUCUUCUACAUUUUCUUCAUCAAGGCAUCUCAUUCAAAUUGCCAUCUUUUUUGUCUUCAUAUUUACUUAAUGAAAUUUGAGAUCUGGAGACUUGGAACCCUUUAUAAUUACAGAACAAAUUUCCUUUCAGCAUCUCUCUCUUCCUGGAAGUAUGCCUCACCUUCUGUUGAGGGGUAUCCUCUCUAGACCUUAAGGAGAUGAGGGAGUAGAUCAGUCUGUACAGCCUAUUGAGCUUCUCAGAUGGUCUUGGGAAACAGGUAAACUAAUACUUAUUGUGGAAUUGGGCUGUAGGAUGGUAAGCAUAAAUGAAAUCAUACAUUCCUCAUGAAGCCAGAUCAAACAGCCACCAAAGGGUAUCUAUUCUCAGUCAUUAUUAUCCUGAGCUUCUUCGGAAUCAGCAACAUGGUGAUGAAAGGGCCUGUAUUGCUUUUUCCAUAUUCUCCCUUAACAGUUAAACCUAGCAAGGCCAAAUCAAAGGAAAUAAUAGGUUGGCUUCCAGAUACCUUUGCAAGUAGCAUAAAUAAGAGGGAAAGUGAAAGAUUUCUGCAACAUCCCAAUGCAAAAUUAGGUUAAUACUUUACUAAUUCCUGCACAGCAACUCUUCUAAAGACUUUUUUUCCCCAAGUUUUUACUACUUUUUAAGGGCCUUUGGUAAUAAAUAAACUGUAGUUGUACAUACUAAAUAACCCUCAGUAUUCACAAGCAAUAAGAAAGCCAAGUAGAGCUGUCUUUCCAGGCAGCAGGGCUGAACUUGGUUUGGGGACUGUAUAUGAGCUAAGGUGUCAGGCUCACUGUGAGCCCCAACCAAAUGCAAGCAAUAAUUUCAAACACAGGUUUUAGAUGUUAAAACCCUCUGGGUGAUAUUUUCUGCUACAUGAUCCAAAGCCCCAAAAGUCAUAGUAGCUAUUUUAAAUCCUUUUGAGACAUUUGUGAAGUAAGUAAAAAGGAGGCAGGCAAGAUGAAAAACAGGCUGCAAAAUUUUUGAUGACUUGGACUAUAAACUGCAGUGUUCUCUCCCUCCAAGAAAGAUGCUAAUGGCCUAAAUCACUUUGUCCAGCCUUCUCUGUUAAUUCAAAAUACAUGACUAAUACUGAGUAACUCAGUCACAAGUGUGGAUGCUGUGGGUUUUACAUCUGUUUUCUGCUAAUCAGAAGUAACUUUUAAUUGCCUGUGUUCUGCUUCUUGUUUGAAUCCAAUCAAAGUCCGAUGCACACAUUUGGGGGUGGAGCAGGUGCCAAGAGCCUGUUUCCUUCCCCCUGUCCCAUCACCUGACCCUUCUUCCACACUCCUCCUCCACUUGGUGCAAGAGCCUUGAGGACAUGAAAACAGAAAUCCUGCAACUCUCCCAAGCUGCCAUCAGUUGUGUGAACCAUUAACCCUCUGGGAGUCAUCUUGGAUUCCAACUAACUUUAUCACAUUUGCUGCUACAUUCGUAAAAUGAACUUUUGGCUGUAUUUAUUAGCAAAUUUUAAUCUAGUUUACAGUUUGAGAUUUUUUGAGUAGUUUUUGACCACAGAUGGAUUAGAAGUGUUGGUAUUUGGGGUUUUCAUUGUUUGUUUUGAGUGAAUUGCUAAAGGCACAGUGGUCCCUCUUCUGUUCUUGUUUUGGAUUUUUUGAAGAUGGUAUUGCAGGAAAACCUGCAGUCAAGCUAAGCUCUGGAAGGCUUUCUCCCACACCUCUAACUUUCAUCUUUUGCUGAAUUGGGGAGAAUCACUGAAGGGACACUUGCUUAUUGUUUGUUUGUUUUUCAUAAAACGAACCAGAAGGUGAAAGCAGUAGGUUAAUGACUGGUUAAUUAACACUUUAUGCAAUUUUAAUUUUAUAGAAAUUAAAAAAUGGUAGACUUUUGAUUGGUCCUAGCUCUGGUGAAAUGGCUGUUACCCUCCAUGACUUACUUGAUUCAGGCCUUUGUCCUUUGUUUAAGUGCCUUUUUUUAUUUUAUUUCCCCACCCUCUUUAAACUGUUCUCAGAGAUCCUGAAGUGCUGGAAAGCAUUUUGGAGGAAAAAAUCUCAAGCUUGCCAGGAUGGCUUUAUGCUGUUAUAUUUUUCCCUUUUGUAAAGGAGUGUAUAAUCUGUGUGUAGCUUCAUAGCUGCUGUACCAUGGCACUGGUUCUGUAUGCUUGUGCUUCCUUUCACACACACACCCACACACACACCCACACACACCAGUAUUCCUCAGAAUCCUAUUUAUCCUUUUACACUCUGGCUGUGUUAAACAUUUUUCUUACAAAAGGUGGACGUUUGGGGAAAGAAGGCAACAUAAUAAAAGGUAUGUGUGUGUGAGAGAUUGUGUGUAAAUGCGUGUGGGAGAAAGGAAGUGGCUAAUGGGAAAGACACUUCCUGCAUUUUCCUCUUGAAGGUUUUAAAUUUGAAUUUAAUUAGGUCACAAGUAAAACACGGGCCCUGUCUGGAUAUCUUAUUAAAUAUUGGACCACUUCACGCAAUUACUGGGUUUGCAGAGGCACGCAGCUGACAUAAAUGUGAGCAGGAAAAAGAAAAGGUUAAAAUAGCAGCAUCUAGCAAGCCUGAGUUGAGAUGAAUUGCAAGGAAUCUUGUGUAUGGCUAGUCAUGUAGCCCAACAAUAGUUACUGCAAGGAUUCUCGCAUUUACCAAAGUUGUCCUGUCAUACUUCCUGUCAUACAACAUAUGUGAGAAGAAGCUCUAUAUAACCUGUUAGAAUAGAGCUGCUAAUUGAAAUUAAACCUGGCCAUGCUUCACAAGCUGCCUAAAUCAUACACCAUAAUCAAGUACUUUUCUAGUUGUACCUUCUUUCUUAAUGAGAUUUGAUUAAUGGUUUGUUCUCCUAAAAUAAUGAACAGUAACUUCAUGUAUUGUUAGCUGCAAGUGAACUGUCAAAAUACCAUUUAUGCUUGUUUCCUUGUUCUCUUGACAAAAUUAGCUAUCUGCAAUAGAUCUUCUAGUGAUUUCAACAAUUCUGUGCUGAGGAUUGUCUAGGUUACAAUUAUGACAAACAUACAUACCUGAAAUUAGCAAUUCAUGUAUUGACCAGUGCUAAACUUAAGAUAACAAAUAGCAUCACUGGACUGUGCUAGUUCUGUGAUGUGCUUCUACUGGGCAAGAUCUAAUUUUGGGUUGCAUUGUGAAAAGCAGGCGUUUAUCUUUCCUUUUCAGAAACUGGAAUAGGAAUGGCAUGCAAAGUUCUUCCUGAUUAGGUGGAAAGCUCAUCUAGAGAGCAAUAAAUAAGAUAUUGAUACAGUAUGCGUUCCUUUGGCAAAAAAUAGCCUAACUGCUAUUUCAGUUCUUAGCUCAUCUUAAUACAUUUAAAUGAACCUGUUAUGUAAACUAGGCUAUAGGCAGAUAUUCUUUCCCAAUCUAAUGGUGCCAGUCAAAGGUAGUACUGUUGCUGGUAGCUUUGCCAGUGGAAGUGACUAUGUGAGUGUUUCCUGACCUGCCUUAGGCAAGUCAGUGGAGUUACUUCAGUGGAGUUAGCCACAUCCACUGCUGACAGUGAACUGAGCUAACUUGGCUGUUCUAGUGCUGUUCAAUUCAUUUGAGGCACCCCUGCUCCUUAUCUUUGGCUGAAUUGGGAGAUCAGAAAUUGUGACUGGUGAUGAGUGCUGACUGUUGCAAUGUUUUUAACAGGUGUGGCUGUUCUCAAAAUCAAUGUCCAUUUACUGUUUAAUCACUGCCAAUGUAAAGCAGCCAGAAGUAGACUUCCUGGGCUACUGGAAAAAUAACAGUUGUGUAGGGGAAUGUUCUGGUUGCAGAAACUUCUGGUGUAGCUUCAUCAUCCUUUUCCUAUAACCCAGUGAUCCCUUGCUGCUGUAAUAGCCUUUUGGGGCCAUAGAAAGCCCUGUUGCUGCUAUGAGUUAUGCUGAGAGAUCAGCAUGGCCUGGAACUAACCCAAAACUGGGGAAAUGCAAUGAUUCUCUACAGCCAGUUUUGCACACUCCUCAUAAAUGAUGCUGUGCUAAUCUUGUCAGUAGUCAAGGACAGAAGUCUGUAUUUUGUAGCCAGUUUUUGACAGCUAUAAUUCUAUAGAGCAACUCUGGAAAAGAAAUUGGUUUUCAUGUUUUGUAACUUUAAAAUGAAUUUUGUUCUCAUUUUCCUUUUCCUUGCCAACUUCUCCUGCUUAUGUAAUGACCAUUAAUACAUUUCUCUUUAUAGCAAAGUAAUCCAAAACAAGGAGUUUACACUACCUUUGACUUUUAUAAUGCUCAAUACUAAUGUUUUUUGGCCCAGCAGUGUGUACAGAUAUGUCUUGCCAGAAAAUACAGUAAUGUUUGUUACUGCCCAGCACCAAGAGAAAGGAGGUGAGAGAACCAACCAAAACCAGUCUGGAGAUACCACCAGCUGUAAGCCAAACCAAGUAGCUGUUGAGGCAGCCAGAGCUUCUUUGAGACUGAUCAGAUUUCACCAGUGGGGAGGGUGGUGGGAGAAGAAACAGUUUUGUGUUCUCAGUUUUUUCCGGAUAAGGCCUUAGUUUGAUUAGUAGUCACUAAUAUCAACUAUGCAGAUAAGUAUUCUUUACAUGUUUCAGUGUUACAUGCGCUCCUUCCCCCAGCCACCCCUGUUAACACAUGCUGAAGUUUUACCCAAAGAAAAUGGAAUAUUUUUUGAAUGUCCGUACUACAGAACUGUUUUUGCUAACAUGAAGAAAGAAAUUUGUAUUUUAAAAAAGAAACCCUUCCACUGGUGCAGCACCUAGUGUCAAAAGUGUCAUGAAAUUGCUUUAAGAGGGAAGCUAAAAUCACCUCUUGUGACAGGUUUUAGUCUGAGAGCUUUUAGAAUAUUGAGCUCUCAAAAUUGGUUUAAGAAGCCACAGCAAUUUUUCUUAAUGUAUAGAUUGGAUUUGGGGAGAAGCUAGCGAGAGAGACAUCCUGUGUUUCCUUCCAGUAUCAGAAGUGUAUUCAGUCAAUUCCUUACUUAAAUGAAGUUUCUUCUAAACAAGGGAAGGUAUUAGCUACACAGUAGCUGAAUCUCUAAAUAAAAUUAAAUUGAAUUUCCCUAUGUAUUUCUCACUGACAUUUUAGCCUUGUAUGUAAUUACAAAAGAACAAUUUAGCUCAGAGGUGAGAACUGUAGUGUGUGUGUUAUUGCUGGUAAUUCCAUCAUGUAGCAAAUAGUACCAUGUUCUUGCAUAGUUCUCAAGAUCCAUACUGGAAAUAGAUGGAGAAAAAUUAUUUUUGGACUACUGUUUAAAAAAAUUACAAAAUUCAUUACUACUUUUUCCCCCAGAGUCUACUGAACAGUGUUAUAUUUUAGCAGUUAUAGUAGUACCCCUGUUAUGUGAUUUGUCUCUUGUAGUCUUUUCCUGAGGGAGGGUUAGAUGCAUUUCAUGAGUAAUCCUUAAAAUGUUUGCAUUUUCUAACUUAUAAGUCAGGUGCUUAUAAUAAAAAGACAUCAGUGUGAUUAUAACAUUUAAAGGUACAAAAGCACUGUGUUCAGAAUAUUUCACUGAAAAAAAACAGGUGUGGGUGUGAGUCCCUUUAGUUCUGCCCAGUGAAGAGGCUCACUCAAGAACAGAGCUUCCAGAUACCUGCCUGCACUGCUAAUAGUAGAGAGAAUCAUCCCACUGACAGUUUUGGCCUCAGUAUCCUUUGUUUGUUGUCACAAUUAGUGUAUAUGUUUUUAAGAAAUCUGAAAAUAGCCAGCUAAAUUCUUCCUGACUGGCUGGCUGAUCAUGAGAAUGAAUGAGGCUAUGUAAAGUGAGGGGCUGAGAAACACAGAUACACGGAGUUUUUCCUGCCUUUUACUGUGUCUCUUAAAACAAAUAAUUGGCUGAGUGUUUGUUACAAACGAACACUAAAUGACAGCUACAAUUCUUUGUAGUCUGCAGUGUCAAACAAAGGAAUGCACAGUUACUAUGAGAUGGCAAACCUGUUUGAGUUGGUGAUUCCUCUAAUGCUGCUUUUAGUCCAUCAUGCAUUUGUAAGAGGUCACCUUGCUACUUUUAAUAUGUGCAUAUUUCAGAGCAUAGCACUUAGCGAUGGAGAGGAUCCUCCUAACAGCUGUGUGUUUACUUGAGCUCUCCAGAGUACUCCCAUGUGAAAUGCUCCCCUCUUGCAACAACACGGCUGAACAACCAAAUGCAGCUACAUUUGGGUGAUUAGCACCACUUUCAUUUGGAUUUUUAGGGAGAUGUGUUCCACUAACUUCAAGGGAUACUGUAUUUUAAAUGUGUGAUUUAAUUUCUUUCCUCUCUUCUUAUAAAACUGGACCUGAACACAAGUUUUGAGGGUUUUUUUUUUUGUAAUAAUCUCAGGACCUGAAAGAUUGUAGCAUUUAGUGUGUCUUAAAAAUGAUGUACUGUACCAGCCAUGGAUUUUUGUAAAUACACCUGUUUCCCUCUUUUGUAUUUUAAUUUUUUUUAAGUGUGUAAGGCUCUUUGACAGAAGAACUGGUGCCUGCUUAAUUUCCAUCCUGAACUGAAGCAGGAAAAUGGGGAAGCUGCUGCCACAAAAGCCUGCACCAGUUCCAAAUUGGGUAUAUUGUUCUGAUCAGUUCAAUAGCUGCUAGUAUUUUUUUAAAUUGGGAAGCCAGUGUACAUUCCCAGUUGUGGCUAGCAGAGCCCUAUCAGGGAGACUUGUAACUUUAAAUCUCUUACGUUUGACUACUUGAUCUUUUCACUCCUUCCAGAUAUUCAGGUUUACGAUCCUGGACAAUGCUUUGGUUCAAAAAGGUAAUAGCUUAUGUACCCUGUGAUUACAUAACAGCAUAAUUCUUGCAGAUGAUGCCUGCUUCCCCCCGUUCCAGGGGCAACUUUCCCUUCUAUUUUCUGAGAGGAGUGCUGCAACGUUUUUGUUUUCUUUCUUGUUUUAGCAGCAGCUUUUGCUCCAGGAUCCAAGCGUGUAGCCAGCAGACCCCUGUUCUACAGUAAGAGCCUUACUCAAUGUGGUGUAACUGUUCCCUGUCCUUAACUGUGACAGGCUUUUUUCAUGAGUGUACUUUUCUUUUGUAUGUGUCAUGUGUCCGUGCUGUAUUAAAUAAAGAGGAAUGUACAUAUUA